ACUGCAAGCUUUGAAAGACCCACCGGACGCCGGGCCAAACUUUCCCUCAUUGGGCGAUCCAUUACCAUCAUCAUCAGUUUCAUCUCUCAUUUCUGCCUCCGAACCAACCAAACUGAAACAGCGUGCGGCCCACCGCCUGCAGAGGCCACAGGCUCCCAUCCCAAAACGACGCCAUUCCGACGAGGUUCGUCGUCGGACCGGGCCCAGCACCGCCGUAGCACCCCUUGCAUGAACGCCCUGCAAUUCCCAAUCCCUUCUCCUCCUCCUUCUGUGCAUCCCAAAACCCUAAAACCCUCAAUCACUGCACAACCCUUCCCCAUGAUGAAGGACCGGCCUCCUUCAUCGUACGGCUCCGUUUACGUCCCUCCCCACCAUCGUCGUCUCAGGUCCGUCAUCACUACGCCAGCUUCCUCCAACCUCUCCUCCUCUGCCACCGACGCGGCCGCCGACGCCGACGACUCCAAGGCUCUGGACACUCGGCCCUCGGCUCUCAACUCUCGAAACAGUCCUCCUUUGCCGUAUUUUCAAAACCACAACCACCAUCAUCCUCAUCCUCAUCCUCAUCAUCAGCAACAUCAGCCGCCAGUCCCGCUGCCACCGCUACAGCUGCAGAAGAAGAAUUCGGCGCAUGAUUUGGUGUUUGAUGAGUUCUCAGAGGAAGGGUCCGACCGCGAAAUUGAGUCAUCGCUGCCCCCGGGGGCUUCCACAUUUGAUAAUGUUGAAGAAUGGAAAUGGAAGUUAACCAUGCUUUUACGGAACAAGGAUAAGCAAGAGUUGGCAUCAAGGGAGAAAAAGGACCGACGAGAUUUUGAGCAGAUAGCAGCUCUGGCCAGCAGAAUGGGUCUGUAUAGUCAUGUGUAUGUAAAAGUUGUUGUUGUUAGCAAGGUCCCACUGCCGAACUACAGAUUUGAUUUGGAUGAUAGGCGUCCGCAACGGGAGGUGAUUUUAUCUCCUGGUUUGCAAAGAAGAGUGGAAGCCUAUCUUGAAGAGUACCUUUCUCAAAUGUCUAAGAAUCUGGGCAGUUUUCGAGAUAUUGCCUUUUCAAGGUCAAGUAGCAGUGGUAGUAUUGCUACUGAUGAAGGGCUUUUUGAGCAACCAGAACCUUUGUCAGCUAGUAAGCCUUUCAUGGAGAAAAUCAUUCGGCAGAGAAGUUUGCUAUUGUUGAAUCAGCAACAAGCUUGGCAGGAAUCUCCAGAAGGAAUAAAAAUGCUGGAAUUUCGUAGGAGUCUUCCUGCUUAUAAAGAGAAAGAUGCAUUAUUAAUGGCUAUUUCAGAAAAUCAGGUGGUUAUCAUCUCUGGUGAAACUGGUUGCGGCAAAACUACGCAAAUUCCUCAAUUCAUACUAGAAUCUGAGACGGAAUCGGUUCACGGUGCUCUUUGUAAUAUUAUAUGCACACAGCCUCGACGAAUAUCUGCUAUGUCUGUUUCUGAAAGAGUUGCUGCAGAGAGGGGGGAGAAGUUGGGUGAAUCUGUUGGAUAUAAAGUUCGGCUUGAGGGCAUGAAAGGAAGGGAUACACACCUCCUCUUCUGCACCACAGGCAUCUUGUUGAGACGAUUGUUGGCUGACAGAAAUUUGAAAGGUGUUACUCACGUUAUUGUGGAUGAAAUUCAUGAGCGUGGAAUGAAUGAAGAUUUUCUGCUUAUUGUCUUGAAAGAUCUCCUUCCUCGUCGGCCAGAAUUGAGGCUGAUUUUGAUGAGUGCAACCUUAGAUGCAGAACUUUUUUCUUCAUACUUUGCUGGGGCUCCUAUCAUUCAAAUUCCAGGUUUCACAUACCCGGUUCGAACACAUUUCCUGGAAAAUAUUCUGGAAAUGACUGGAUAUCGAUUGACCUCAUAUAAUCAAAUUGAUGAUUAUGGUCAAGAAAGAAUGUGGAAGAUGAACAAACAAGCUCCGAGGAAGAGAAAGAGCCAAAUUGCUUCUGUUGUUGAGGAUGCUCUCAGAGGUGCUGAUUUUAAGGAGUAUAGCCCACAAACCCGAGAGUCUUUGUACUAUUGGAAUCCUGAUAUUAUUGGAUUUAACCUUAUAGAGAAUCUUUUAUGCAAUAUAUGUGAGAAAGAAGGACCUGGAGCUGUUCUAGUUUUUAUGACUGGGUGGGAUGAUAUAAGUUCUUUGAGGGAUAAGCUCCAAGCCCAUCCUAUUUUGGGAGAUCCAAGCAAAGUCUUGUUGCUUGCAUGCCAUGGUUCUAUGGCAAGCUCGGAGCAGAGGUUAAUAUUUGAUGAGCCUGAAGAUGGAGUAAGGAAAAUAGUUCUAGCUACUAAUAUUGCUGAGACUAGCAUCACAAUUAAUGAUGUGGUUUUUGUUGUUGACUGUGGAAAGGCAAAAGAGACUUCAUAUGAUGCUCUGAAUAAUACACCUUGUUUGCUUCCUUCCUGGAUAUCCAAGGUUUCUGCUCAACAAAGAAGAGGAAGAGCUGGUCGUGUUCAACCUGGUGAAUGCUAUCAUCUCUAUCCUAGAUGUGUAUAUGAAGCUUUUGCAGAUUAUCAAUUGCCAGAAAUUCUGAGGACACCUUUGCAGUCCCUUUGUUUGCAAAUCAAAAGUUUGAAACUUGGAAGUAUUUCUGAGUUUCUAUCUAGGGCUUUGCAAUCACCAGAGUUAUUAGCGGUUCAAAAUGCCAUUGAAUAUUUAAAAAUCAUUGGGGCUUUGGAUGCGAAUGAAAAUCUGACUGUUUUAGGACGGUACUUGACAAUGCUACCAGUCGAGCCGAAGCUUGGAAAAAUGCUUAUAUUUGGGGCAAUUUUCAAUUGCCUGGAUCCUAUAUUAACUAUUGCUGCUGGCCUUAGCGUUAGAGAUCCUUUCUUGACACCAUUGGACAAAAAAGAUUUGGCAGAAACUGCAAAAGCCCAAUUUUCCCGUGAUUACAGUGACCACCUUGCACUUGUCCGGGCCUAUGAGGGCUGGAAAGAUGCUGAGAGAGACCUAGCUGGAUAUGAAUACUGCUGGAAAAAUUUUCUUUCCUUCCAAUCAAUGAAAGCUAUUGAUGCUCUUCGAAAGGAGUUCUUCUCUUUGCUCAAGGAUACUGGACUUGUUGAUAGUUACACAGCUACCUGCAAUGCAUGGAGCCAUGAUUUGUAUCUCAUCCGAGCAGUUAUUUGCUCUGGCCUGUACCCUGGAAUUUGCUCUGUUGUGCAUAACGAGAAGUCCUUCUCACUGAAAACAAUGGAGGAUGGUCAGGUGCUUCUGUAUUCGAACUCUGUCAAUGCUCGGGAAUCUAGAAUUCCAUAUUCAUGGCUAGUUUUCAAUGAGAAGAUAAAGGUAAAUUCUGUUUUUCUGCGGGACUCAACGGCUGUGUCUGAUUCAGUGCUGCUCUUAUUUGGUGGAAGCAUCUCAAGAGCUGAUAUUGAUGGGCACUUGAAAAUGCUGGGUGGCUACUUGGAGUUCUUCAUGAAACCUGCUGUAGCAGAGAUGUAUCAAUCUUUAAGAAGAGAGCUUGAGGAGCUAAUUCAGAGCAAGCUACUGAAUCCCAGGAUGGGCUUGCACAGCCAUCACGAACUCUUGUCUGCUGUGCGUUUGUUGGUUUCUGAUGAUCAAUGUGAAGGCCGAUUUGUCUUUGGUCGACAGAUUCUUAAGCCUUUGAAACCAUCUGUCAGAGCAAUGCCACCAGCCUUGGUUUCUAGGACUGAAAGUGGACCUGGGGGUGAUAACUCUAAGAGCCAGCUCCAAACAUUGCUCACCAGAGCAGGAUAUGCUGCACCCACUUACAAGACAAAGCAACUGAAGAAUGGCCAAUUCAGAGCCACUGCAGAGUUCAAUGGUAUGCAAAUCAUGGGGCAACCUUGCACCAACAAGAAGUCUGCGGAAAAAGAUGCAGCUGCUGAGGCUCUUCAGUGGCUGACUGGUGGGACCCAGGCUGGCCAUGAUUAUCUAGAGCACAUGUCAAUGUUGCUGAAAAAGAGCAAGAAGGAACAUAACUAGAGCAUCUAAUUGGCAUAUGAAGGACCAUAGGCGCUUUGAAAUGCCUGCAAAUGCUUAUGCUGUGUUUGGAUGCAUGGAAUUUGAGGCCUGGAUUUGGAAUUGUGCGGGUUUGGACAAAAUGUAUUACAUAAGUAUAGAGUUUCGUUAAAUUCCACACAAUUCCAAAUUCAAGGCUUGAACUCCAUCUCCCAACAGUGUAAAUGCAAUGUGGUAUUUGGGAAUUUACCAAGAAAAUUUUUAGGGCAGCUUUGGUAUUUUUUUUUGCCGAGGCAUCAGGAGACCUUGCGUUGUUUGUAAGCAGUCAAACUGAAUUCAUCGAUGAAGAACAGAAUAGCAGGGUCCUGGGAUAAAUUUGCAGUGGAUUGGAGCAUAUGAUUAUCUGGUGCUGGAAAUGAAGCUACAGCUGUACAGAUCUUACAAUUGAGAUUGGGAUUGACCUAUUUUGUCUGUGAUAAUACUUCUGCUUCUGAGGAGGGCAACUGAUUGUUCGUCGGAGCAUAUUUAUUAGAGGCGGAUUACCCCAGAAGCAUUGCACUAACAAAUGUAUACACUGAACUUCAGGACAUAGAAAUUAGGCAGAUUGUCCAUUCUGAGCUUAAAGUUGACAUUGAUCCUAGCAUAUAAUGUAAAUUAUUGUUAUUUUUUUUUCACUUUGAAAUGUCACAAAGGGCUGACAAUUUUGCCACAUUCUCCCAUUUUCUUUCUGAUUUGAUUGGAGGAAAUGCAUUUGAAAUUCACAAACAACAUAAAAA